AUGGAAUUUAACAAAUAAGUAACUCUCAUCAUACAGUCAGAAAAUCACUUCAUCUACAAAUCAGAAGCUUUAGAACUCUACUCUAUUAAAUAUUCUCCAAAUUUUGAUCCGAAUGACUUUUUUGCAAUUGCUCGUUUUCUGAUGCAAUAAUAAUAAAAAUUUCAGGAGGAUCUAACAAUAGAGCUUUAUGCAGAUCUUCUCCUAACCUAAGAAUUCAAAGAACUUUUGGGUAUUGUCAAUCAAGGAGUAAUAUUAAAAGCAACAUCAUAAGAAAAAGUUAUUCUCUUAAAUUAUAAUGUUAACUUUGGGUUUAAAUCUGAAAUAAUUCCUGAUAUUCUUAAAUAAUAUACACCUAAGGAUAUAAAAAAACGAUAUGCCUUAUUGAUAACAGAGCCACUAUAUUAUAAAGAAUAUGUCAAUAUAAUGGAAGCUAUGCACUUUGGUAUUUAUAAAGAGGAGAAUGAGGAUUGGGAAGUUUAUUUGGUUAUAGAGAACAAAUUCCCAGAUUUAUAAGGAUUGGAUGGUAUUAUCAUCACAGGAUCUAGUAGUGCAGCCUAUGAUUUGAGUGAAGAAUGGAAGGAACCACUAUUUAAGUUUUUAAGAGAAGCAGACAAAAUGAAAAUAAAACUUUUUGGGAUUUGUUUUGGACAUUAAGUCUUAGCUCAUAGUUUGGGGGGAGAGGCCUAAAAGAUGAAUCAUGUGGAUAGGAUGUAAGUAGGGAGAACAGCUCUUUCAACUUAAUUCAAAUGGAAGGAUCAACUAAUAAACAAUCUCAAUGUGUAUUAAAUCCAUGGAGACUAUGUAGCUUAAUUACCUAAGAACACUGAGGUUGUAAUGAGCGCACGUCAUUGUGAAAAUUAUGCAUUCUAAGGUGAUCACAUUUUGGGAGUUCAAUUUCAUCCAGAAUUUAAUGCUUUGAUGUUAUUGUAUAUUUUUAGAAAUUCCUCAGACCCUUUGAGAGAUAUCUAUAUCUAAGAUUGUUAGGAGAGUUUUAAAGAAGGAUUUGAUCAUUAAUAAAUCAUUUGGGAAUUUACAAAUAAUUUCUUGAAGAACAAAUGA